AUUGUGUUUUUAUUGAUUAUUCUAUAACAAUAUUUGUUAUUGCUGUUAAAGUGUUCAUUUAUUUACAACACUGCUUGCGCUUAAAAUAAAUCAAAACAAAAACCGUGAAAACAACAAAAUAUUCAACAAACGAAAAAAGUGAAAACAUUGACGUUGAAAACUUCAAAACAACAACAACAACAACUGGCUGAGUUGUUUUUAACUAAACUUUUAAUAAAAUUGCAUUUAAUUUGUAACUUUAAAGAUUUAAAUAAAAACAAAAUGUUUAAAUAAGUGUUAAUAAGUCUUAAAAUAAUCAUUUUAUACUGAUUUUUAACUAGCAAAAAAUGGCUGCCUUAACCGAAUAUAUUGAGCCAAUAUGGCGUGGACUUAAUAUGCGUAAUUUAAAAGUGGAUGAAGCUUACUUAGUGUCAAAGACCUUUUAUCAUAAAGUAACUUAUUUGUAUAGUCUCUCCGAUGAAUGUUAUACGUGCCCCUAUAGCAAAGUGAAAGCUUUACAUGAACACAAUAAUGACAACAUUACAAGUGCCUCGAAUAAUAUAAAUGUGGCUCAUGGUUUAAAAUUUAAAUUACUGACCAAUGAUGUGGGACGUUAUGCCUUCAAUAAUGAUACCUCAUUAUGUGAUUUGAGGCCAACGGACUUGAAAGAAUUCGGUGUUUAUAAUUUGACUUUAUAUGAAAAUGGUACCUGUGGAUGGGAGGUGGAUAAUGAAGGAGUUGAGGUUAAUUUAUCCCUUUUAUCGGUUUUUAUUUUGGUUGCCUUAAUUUUAAGCGUUUUGAAAAUAUCUUUAUGUGCCUGGCGUUCUUACCGUUAUGAGGAAGUUUUAGCUAAUGCUGCCGCUAAUGAAGCUCCUGUACCACCACCCACUAUACAGCAGCGUAAACGUAUGCGUAGUUUGGAUGCUUUUAGAGGCAUGGCCAUUGUCCUAAUGAUAUUUGUUAAUAGUGGCGGUGGUGAUUAUUGGUGGAUUGAACAUGCUCCCUGGAAUGGUUUACAUUUGGCUGAUAUUGUUUUUCCCUCUUUUCUAUGGAUAAUGGGUGUUUGUAUACCCAUUUCGGUUAAGUCUCAAUUGGCAAGAGGCACAACUAAAUUGCGUAUAUGUUUAAGAAUUAUCUGGAGAUCUAUUAAACUGUUUACUAUAGGUUUAUGUUUAAAUUCUAUAAAUGGUCCAAAUCUGGAAAAUUUAAGAAUAAUGGGAGUUUUACAACGUUUUGGUAUUGCUUAUUUGAUAUGCGGCGUGGCACAUACUAUAUUUAGCCAAAAGGAACACAUGGAACCACAGAUUUCCUGGAAGCGUGAACUUUACGAUUUAAUUUUAUUUAAAGGAGAAAUAUGCCUCAUGCUAACCUUGAUAAUUGUACAUUUAUCCAUAGUAUUUGGCCUUAAUGUACCUAAUUGUCCCAAAGGUUAUUUAGGACCCGGUGGCAAACACAAUAAUGCCUCAUAUCCCCAGUGUAUAGGAGGUGCUACUGGUUAUAUAGAUUUACAAAUCUUGGGAAAUUCACAUAUUUAUCAACAUCCUACCGCCAAGUAUAUAUAUGAUUCGAAACCUUUUGAUCCCGAGGGAGUAUUUGGCUGUUUAUUGACCGUGGUGCAAGUAAUGUUUGGUGUUUUGUGUGGUGUUAUCAUUUUAGUGCAUACCGAGUGGAAAUCACGCAUUACACGCUGGCUAUUAUGGUCUAUGUUCUUAACAAUAGUUACAGCCAUUCUAAGUGGGUUUUCCAAGGAAGAGGGUAUCAUACCUUUAAAUAAAAAUUUAUGGUCUUUAUCAUAUGUCUGUAUCACCACCGCCUUAGCCUUUACCUUGCUCAGCGUACUCUACUACAUUAUUGAUGUACAACAUUGGUGGACGGGUUAUCCUUUUGAGGCAUGUGGCAUGAAUGCCAUUAUUAUGUAUGUUGGUCAUACGGUGAUGCAUAAAAUGUUACCUUGGCAUUGGCGUAUUGGUUCUAUGAAUACUCAUUUUGUUUUGCUGUUAGAAGCUGUUUGGAAUACUAUGCUAUGGAUUGGCAUAGCUUUAUAUUUAGAUCAUAUUGAAUUUUAUUAUAGUGUUUAAAAAGGGAAAUGUGAAAUUUUAUUUUUUUUUGUAAAUUUUGUAUAUUAUUUUUAAUAAAUUUAAUUGUUAUGUUAAUUUUUGG